AUGAGCGCGCCGAAGCCCCCAGCGGGGCACUUCAACAUCCUUUACUUCGCAAGUGCUAGCUCCCACACGGGCAAGGAUAUGGAAGCUCUGCCGGCGCCGCUGCCCUUGCGGAAACUCUUCGACACACUCGAGGAGCGGUACCAGGGUAUUCGGGAAACGGUGCUUGAUCACAGCCUGGUCACGAUAAACUUAAGCUACGUGGACAUGCCGAGCAGUGAGGAUGAAGACGUUGUUAUACAAGAGGGGGACGAGGUGGCCAUCAUUCCUCCUGUCAGCUCCGGUUGA